GUAUUUGCUUCAGAGAAAUAUUUCUCCUGAGCAGGAUUAUUCUGGCGAACAUUUAUUUAUUUUAUAUUUUAGUACUCUUUAAUUAAUCAAAUUAAUAAGUAUUAAUAAAAAAAUAAAUAUAAGCUGGACUAUUUGAAGGUACGUUUAUCAAUUAUCGUUCUAAACCAGAGGUCUAAUUAAAGCUGUAAUAAUGAAGGAUAGUGUUUCUAGGAUUUCUUUUCUAAUGCACUCCUUGUAUAACAAAUAUCGUAUUUUUUUUAUAAUAGACAGUAAUUUAUUGUAGUUAAUAUUGAUUUUGAUUCCUCAUUAAUAACGGUGUUGUUUUUCCAAUUAUCAGGUUAAAUAUGGGGCAGGCCAGUUCCAGAAUAGCCAAAGGAGUCCUAUCGCCAUUUACUCAAAAGACAACGAAAGAAACGCCACCUAAUAAUCAACUUUUAGUUAGCCCAUUCGUUUAUGUGGUUAACAGCGGACUCUACGUCGAUGAAGAUGGUUUUGUAGCAAACGAAUUCUAUGUUCAAGUUCAUGAUAGGGCAACUGGAAGGAGAACAAUGAAAAAAAAUGAUCGAGUCAGACCAUACGGUGAAAUUAAAUUGGAUAUACCAAGAAUAAAAGUCGAUUUGCCAAUUGUUAUUUGCGAGGCACCAUCAUGA